AUGCCGUCGCGAAGCCGUCCUUUUUACUUCACAGUCAAGUCGAAGACCGGAGAGAAGAUUCCAGUUGCUGUCAAUGGCGAGCCUACGCGAAUCGACGCUCCGGGAUUUACAGGCCUCUGUCACAUCAUCCACGACACCGGGAGCGAGACUGGGUCUGCGAGAGUGGAGCCUUCCCAGAAACGAGGAUUGAUCGUCCAGAUGCAGGGCAAGUUUGCACAGGCUGCAACGUUAGGCGAGGAGAACUCCACCAACAUAUGGCUGGGAGGAACCCUCGGAGCUGCUCUGAAUCUCGGCUGGGUCAUGCGAAACGUCGUGUCUUUGGGCUCCAAGUUCGCGAACAAGAAAACCGGAGGCCGCUUCUACAUCGACCUUGGCAACGAUCAGGCCCCCUGCCAGAUGGGAUUUCACCUGCGGGCCUUGUUCCGAGUCCUGGCCACUUCAGAGGGAGAAGACGCGCCCAAACUGGGCAGCCCGGAGCUGGACGCCAUCCCAUAUGGUGGUCCUGGACUCCUCGAGGUGGACACCAGCAAGACGUACACGUUGUACUGGAAGAUUCCAUACCUCGACCUUUGUACGUGGGAGCUGCUGAAGGUGCCGGCGAUCAGCCCACUUCCACUGGAGAAUGUCCUGGGGGAUCUCUCGACGACAAGGUUAUUCAUGUACGACUUGGGGAAUUGCAGCGCGCACCACCCCGACUACGAGAAGAGUCUGCUCCUUGAAGCAACAUUCGAGCGUGGAGCUGAAGGAGACGAAUUCUACAAUCCUACCACGUUGCACCCGCCUACGGUGCUGGACGCCCCGCCAGGCACUUCCAAGAAGGAGCCUGGUUUGCCUCAUGACGACAGCAUGAGCAUCGUGGAUUCGCUUCAGGAGCUCGCCGAAGAUCUCAGCGAAGACAGCUUGGAGUUGAGCAACCUCUUCGCCAGGGCCCUGCAGGAGCUUCCGCUUUGGCAGGGCUUCGACUCCUUAAAUGGUCUCGACUUCCGCGUGCCUUUCUACAUCGAGGCCAUCGGCCGCUUUCGCAAGCAGGAGGUGCGCAGCUGGUACGUCCUUCGGGCCGAGUCCGCUGCUGGCGACUUCUACUGGCAGGCACGUGACGCUGAAGAGCUCGCGGCCCUUUGCCGUCCAAAGCGGCGGCUUCCACGGUUCCUCCGAGGGGCGGCACCACGGAAGUACCACUGUUGCGACGUGAGGACGUUGGAGCAGUUCCGCCUCAUCGUGACCAGCCAUCUUGCAGAGGACAGCAAGAUGCGCAGCGCCGUGCUUCAGGCAGCCAACGCAUCGCCGGACAGUCCGCAAAGCCCUUCACGUUUGAUGCAACCGCCGCCUCGCUUCUUCGAGCCGGAUGGCACAAUGUGUGGCGUCGCCUUCGCGCAGGCAGCACAGGGGUUGAAGGGGGCGAAGAGGGAGGCCUUGGUUGGAGCUGUCCAGUUCGAAGGCCGAAUCUGUGAGGAGCUGCUUCGCUUGAGCUCCGACAACUUCAUCCGGUGCUUCAGCCCCUACGACUGUGACCAGCCGCGAGUCCUGAUCCAUGCCGGGGAGAUCACGCGGGUGGAGGCCCUGUCGCAGAAGUUCCUGGACCGCUUCCACUUGUUUGAGGUGCACACAGAUCCGAGGGCCUAUGUUUUCUGCUGUGCCAACGCUCCUGAUCGGGACGAGUGGGUGGCUGUCCUGAGAGAGGCUGCGCAGUCGGCAAGUGUCAGCCGUGCCGGCCCAACAGGCCCAAUGUCCCCAAAUUCGAUUUACGGUGUGGCCAGUGCCAAGAAGGCGGCGGGCAGGUGGAGCAGAAAUUCGCGAGGGAGCGAUGUCGUCCCCAGCCGGCUUGGGCCUUUUCUGGAUGCGACUGGUGCUGGGCGCUGGCCGAGUAUUCGCUAUGUCUUGAGUCAGGGCCGCAUUGUGGCCACCUUUGAGAAUCAGUGUUUCAAGCCUUCGGCGAUUUGGGCUCUGUGUGUGUGUGUGUGUGUGCGCUCCUGA